UCGUGCCGUGCGGUACGCUCCGCUCUCGGCGAUCUCCCUCUCUCUCUCUCUCUCUAUAUAUAUAUAUCAUGUAUAUACAUAUUUUUGUUACGAGUUAUACGAUUAUGUAUUGUAUACACGGAAAUUGUAUAUAUGUACAUUAAACACACCCCACAUGAUAUACACUCGAGUUUUUUUUGGUUCAACUUGUUUGUAAAUUCCCCGGCGCUCUCUCUUCGAUGUAGUACGAUCUCGCUCGCUCGCUCGCCCGCCCGCCUGCUCGCCUUUUAUCUCAAAGUUGUUCAUUUUUUAUUUUCUCCCUUAUCGGACCGAGUAACGUUCUCGUGGAUCAACUCCGCCGUUGAUUACCCUCGGUUCUAUGCGGACCACGUGCGACGUCGUAUCAUACAGUGCAUUUCGCGGCGUUUUUCCUCGCUUUUAUUAUUUUUUUUCUUUUUUUCAAUGUUUCUAUUCGCGAGUGUGACGACGAUUAUCGGCUGGUUACAAUGGUGUCAUCUUUCUUCGCACGAUUUAUCGUGGAAUCAAUCUCCGAUGUCGUAAGAGAAAAAGCAUAUCGCGGUGGCGUUUCUUCGACACUGAUUCGUGGAGCUUUAUUUUUCUGCCUGCUUCCGAACAGUUGUUUCAGAUCACGGUGAUCAAGUACGGAAAGAAAAGCUCGGUCAAUGACGAAAGCAUCAAGAGGGCCAGUUUCAGGUAGAAGUAAUCAGAGAAAAGCCGUCGAUAACGCGAAAGAGCGGAAUCAACGGCAAGCAACCAGAAGCAGUGAAUUAUCGUUGGUCUGAUGUUAGCUGAUAUAAACGGUAACCUGGCGGAUCUGAGAAGCGAAGCGAUGGCGUCGCAGAGAUUUUGUCUCCGCUGGAACAACCAUCAGAGUAAUUUGUUAUCCGUGUUCGAUCAAUUGCUCCACGACGAGGCCUUCGUCGAUGUUACGCUUGCGGUCGAGGGACAAUUACUCAGGGCACACAAGAUGGUUCUUUCGGCCUGCAGUCCCUAUUUUCAGGCUCUUUUUACCGGUCAUCCCGACAAGCAUCCGAUAGUCAUACUGAAGGAUGUGCCUUACGUCGAUAUGCGAAGCCUGUUGGAUUUCAUGUAUCGCGGCGAGGUAUCGGUCGAUCAGGACAGGCUGACCGCUUUCCUGAGAGUAGCAGAGUCGUUAAGGAUAAAAGGCUUGACAGAGGUGAACGAGGAAAAGUGUGAUUUGCCGACAAUAACGUCCUCCCUACUGAGCAAUCCGAAUUCGUCCGGUGGUACGUCUCAACAACCGCCAAAUUUACAUCGGAUAAAUCAGAGCGGGCCUGGCAUUCAUCAACAUCAUCAUUUGCCACAAAAGAGGUUUCAUCAUAUGUCGAGUCAUCCCCUGUUAGGCUCGGCGCUUACGGCUCCAAAGAGGAAACGCGGCAGACCGAGAAAAUUGAGCGGCUCUUCGGACACACCGAUCGGCGAAACUUCAUCCCUCGCUCAAGAUUUACAAAGCUGCUCCGACCUCGUUCAGGGCUCACCCGAAAUGAUGGAAAUGAAAAUGGGCAUAGACUUUCAGAGCGAGACAAGCGCCAGCGGCGGAGCCAAUAUUACCAACACUACCAACAACCCCAAUUGUACAACACCAACCGGCACCAAUAAUCAUCCUAACGCCACUUCGACACCAACCUCAGCUUCAUCCAGAAAAGACUCGGUCGAACCAACCGAGAACGGAACCGAUCCACCUGAUCCACUCAUCACCAGGGUCAAACGGGAACCCGAACCAACUCCCAGCACCUCUGCCCAAGCAUCCGAAGAAGCGUUUGCGCGGCCCCUCAGUAGACAAGGAAGCGAAGUUUUCAAGCAAGAUACGCCGAGCAAGCAGGAAGGAGGAGAGACGCCAAAAACGACCCGGGGUUCUUCGUCGAAUAACAGCAGCAACCCGACGAAUUGUCCAUCGAGCAACGCUUCCUCGCAAAGGGAAGUCGAUAGCCCGGUGAAAAGUGCGACGACCGGAUCAUCCGGUAGCGCGACAACAACGACAACGACAACCACUACAGCAGGAUCCACGCCUACGAGUUCGACCUCCUCGACGAGUACAACAUCGAGCGGAACAACAACGGGAACAACGACAACGACAGCGAGCUCGAACAAUCGAGGAUCGGGUACACCAGUUAGUGGCAGAGGCUCGAAUACAGGAUCGAGUGGAAAUGCACCUGGCGAAGGCGCAAUGUCAGCGCCUUCCGCGCGUCAAGUACCGAAACGACGUAUGAGACGACGAGCUACCUCCCAGUCCCAAGACCCUGCCGAACAAUUGACCGAAAUGUCCGUACGGGGGCUCAAUCUUUUCCGUUACGCCUCAAUAUCCGAAGGUGUUUAUCAGUGUACCGAAUGUGCCAAGCUCGAUAUACAAAAAACAUUCAAAAACAAAUAUAGCUUCCAGAGACACGCGUUCCUCUAUCACGAGGGACAUCAACGCAAAGUUUUUCCUUGUCCCGUUUGCGGCAAGGAAUUCUCUCGUCCUGAUAAAAUGAAAAAUCAUAUGAAAACCGUACACGACUGUUUCAUGCCCAAGGAUUGCGUUAUGCCUUUCGGCUUUUUUCUCCCUCCUUAAACACCGAUCGCCCAAAACCAAAUGAGAUACAGCAUACAGCACGCGAGAGACUUGAAAACGAAGCUUUCCGAUCGCACAUUCGCGAAAUGUUUUUAAAAAUCUGCCGACGAACAACUGAGAUACCGAGAUACCGAGAUAGUAAUAAAGCCUUCGAGUGGCUCGUUGUUACAUAUCCGUUUUUCGUAGCAACUUGGAAAAACGCCUCCAUGAUACACAUUGCCGGAAUCAUAUAACUAAUAACAAAUAUACGAAAUUUGCUUAUUCAACAUAGCAAUUACAGUGACGGUGAAACGGCUAAGAAUCUCGUUCUCGGUACACCCGUUGGUCAACCACACAUUUUCUCCGUCUGUCCAACAAAACCGAGGAAAAAAGGGAGCUAUCCGGAAGAAAAACAAAUCCAACUUUCAUCCACUCUCAAAGAUGAAAAGUUUUUUUUAGUAUACAAAAAUUCGCAAGCAAUAGAAACAUUUGAUGAUGCGCUGUGAACUGAUUAAAGCAAUUAUGAAACGCAAUCGCCCGGCCUCGGAAAAAAAAAGCUAUCACCACCAACGAAAAAAAUAUUGAUUCAUUGAUCUAACGUUUGUCGAUGAACAAACGCCUAGUCUCCGACAAUAUUGGAGGGGGGCUUUUCUUUUCUCGUUCAUAUUCGUAUUCCAAUGGUGCGUUUAAUUCAUUGUCUCGGGCAAGCCUCUAGAGUAUAUUACGAGCAAACAAAAAAAAACAAAAUAUCGAGCAUAGACAAAGUUUAUUAUUAGAGUCCGAAUGACAAGCGAUACGAUCCCACUCGGACUCGUAGAUCUAACGCUUUUAAGGCCUGUUUUAGGCGUACAAAAAGCAGAUGAAGACGAGAAUAAAUAUAUAUACACAAACAUAUUAUAUAUCUAUACAUAGCAAAAGAUUUUACACAGAGUUUGUUACUGCCCAGCAGUAUUCGUUAUGUCUGUACAAAAAAAAUUUUCAAGGUCAAUUCUGUAUUAUAGGUGAAGCGGCACCGAUAGCGUUGAGAAAGCUUGAAUUAUUAUUAUUAUUAUUAUUAUUAUUAUUAUUAUUAUUACGUUUACUCUAAAAUAUCAAAUUAACGGGAAACGAAACGAAUUAUCAAUAUUUCUUUCGCUCCCCGUUUUUUAUUGUUAAUAUUACUACGACGGCUGCGAUUAUUAUUCGCCAAUACAAUUUCUCAAGCACGAAUCAAUCGAAUUUUCAGCCACCGACAGCCGAGAAUACAGAUCAUAUGGUUAAUUGAUUGAGCCAAUUUACAAAUACCCGCGUGUCUAUCUCUUCGGUAAUGUAAGAAGGAGACGAAACGAGAUGUACCGAGAAACCCAAAAAAAUCUACCCCGUAAACGAGCCGAAGCAGCAAAUCUAUUGGCCAUUCCUUUCGAAUUUCUUUAAAUAUAUCCGCAGCGAGAUAUAGUUGUUUCCACUGGUUAACGAAUUUCUAAUACUAAAAAUGAAGCAAUAUGGGAAAAAACAAAAAUUAUUGAAUAUUCGGUGCUGGGAUAUACGUAGGAUAUGAAAACUAAAUUUGCCGAUACCUGGCUGCCUGUAAAACGGUGUAUAUUUAAAAAUAUAGAUUGACAUGUCACGUUUUAUUAUGGAAUCGUUAGUCGAUUCGCGAAAAUGCCUCAUUAUAUUAGUUGAAAGAUGAAAAAAAAAAUGACAACUAAGAGAAAAACCAUGCGCAUCAAAAUUGUUGAAAGGUUUUAUUAUCUCGUUACAUAUCUGCAAAUUUGUUCACUUCUACAAUGAAACGUUUUUCAAAAGAAAAUCCAACAUAAACGAGUAAAUAAAAAAAAAAGUGAAACAAAAAAAAUCGAUUGAAAUUUAGGGUCUUUGGAUCGUGUUGACGAUCGCAAAGUUACGGUUCUCGUCUUCCAUAAUUUCGCGAUAGGUUAAAAUGCGCGAAAAAAAAACUCGAUAAGAGGCCAGUAAAAAAGGGCCCGAGGAUACAUAGUAUUUACUUUUCGAUCGAUAGAUAUAUCUGUUCGAACGAUCGGGAUCAAACGCGAGCAUUUGUUACGGAGGACAAUGGGUUACGAGAGUGCCUUCUUUCUUUUUUAAUAUAAUCUCUAUGCCCUAUCUUCUUUCUAUAUAAAUCCUCGAUGCAUCUGUGUAUCCGAAGUAAUUUGUUUGCAAUUGAAGAGAGAAUUUACGAAAAAACUAACAAAAGAAUAUAGAGUGUAUACAUAUAUCAAAGUAUAUAUAUUUAUAUGUAAAAUAAGCAGAAAAUGAGGAAAUAUUAUUAUUAUUAUUAUUAUUAUUAUUAUUAUUAUUAUUAUUAUUAUUAUUGUACGUUAUGACAGCGGGUAUAGAAAUAAAAAAUUGACAAAUGGAGGCAACAGAAAAAAAUAUAAGAGAAUAUAACGUUGAAUGUUUGCGACCAAUUGUGCGCGUGAGCUUCCAAUUUUCGUCGUCUCGCAAGCCGUAUAUGAUUUAAAAAUGUUACUUUUUUCUCCAAGUAUAGGUAACGAGCAAGCGAGCACGUAAAUAAACGAACGCAAAAACCGAAAACAUUCGAAUUACAACGUCGCACAAUUAUUAUCAUCAUUAUAAUUAUUCUUAGCAGUUUCAUCGUUUAUUACGAUUAUUAUUAUAAUUAUAUAUAUAUUUGAAAACCGACGCUAAGAUAUCGGUGUGGAAAUCGUCAACCACCGAAAUGUUAAAUUUCCAUAAUUUUAUAUUAUUAUUCAUACAAUAAUGGCGAAUUAGAUGCACACAUUAUUUUCUCUCAACCUUUUUCCCUAUAUUCCUCCAUUCUUUAAGACUACCUUUGUUCUUACAUUGUAGUUUUAUAUUAUUAUUAUUUCAUAGAUACUAUAUCACUAUUAGUAGCGUUAUUAUCUAUUAUUAUUACUAUCAUCAUCAUCAAUUAUUAUUAUUAUUAUUAUUAUUAUUAUUAUUAUUAUAUUGCCACACCUUCGAGUACCGUUUAUUAUUAUUAUAUUUGUAAUUUUCAAUGAAACUUGUAACACCUGGGUACUAGUUAGUGCGAAUUAAAAAAAGGACCUCUAGGCUUUAACAAAAUAUAUUGUGAAAAGGAAAAAAAAGUGAAAAAAUUGGAAAAACGUAAAUGAUGAGGGAAACAAAAAAAAUCAUUCGGGGGCUUGCGGACUAACACACUGGAACAAAAGAUAUGUAGACACGGUAAUAAAAAUUUAUAUUUUAUUUAACGUUAUAACGAAUAAAAGUAUGACGGCAUUCCCUUUUUUUUUCUCUACGCACAAAUUCACAUUUUUUUUCUUUUCCGAAACAAUGACGUACCAUUCCCCAAAAACGAGUUUUCGAGCAAAAAGUGCCUUUUUCGCCCAAUGCAAAUACAACGAAAUGUCUAAAAAUCAUUUGAAAUAUGUCAUAGUUUAUUCUAAGAGAUUUGAUAUAUGGGGAAAUAAACGACGAAUGAUCGCGACGAGCGGCGUAGCUGCUUUUCGCGAUUCACACGAUACGAUAGUAUUUUUGUGCAAACACGUAUGUUAACUAACUAACCACUCGCAAGCGACGAUCUGCGUAAUACACGUGAUACACAAAUUAUAAUAAUAACAUAAUAUGGAGGAAAUGGAAAAGAAAAUGAACAGAUGUAAAAUAUGAAAACAAAUCAAUAUUCAUUGGACACCGAACCGAAAAUACAAAUAUCCAUCGAACGAAUUUUUGAAGUAUUAAAAUCUCUUGUAUACAUUAUAAUGAAAUAUAAUCACGGUUGUCACGUAACCGUGUUAGACUUGGCGAAAAAACGUCGCCAAUGAAAACAAUCGUGCGUUACUAGAUAACAAAAUAUAUAUGUGAUGUUACAAUAUUAUAACGCUCAUUCAUCACGAGAAAUUCUUAUUUUCCUUCACAAAGAUCGCGCACAAAAGGCAGAAAAGCACUUUUUCAUUUGAUCAACUCUCGACAUACGUCAGUGAUAGAAAGAAAAUAUUACAAAUGGUGUCGAUUGAAACCCGUGGAUUUACCAUAUUGUGUACGAAUAUGUCUAUCCUCCCUCCCCUCAUUUUGGUGCCUGGUGGCGAUGCGGAUUAAACAAAUUUAUUAUUAUUAUUAUAUUACCUUUAUUCGUUUUUAUCUAAUUGUAGUUUCUUUGUAACUCUUUGUGAUAUACAUUGCAAUAGUCUACCUGACCGAACGUUUCUUGUAUCUACGAGCACAUCCUUUCAUUUAAAGAAAAACAAACAAAAAGCA